AUGUCUGGCGACAGCGGUCGGCCAGACGGCCUUCAUCCUUCCAGGAGGGAGGCGGCGGAGGACAUCCUCCAGGAGGAGGCGGAGGACCUCCCCCUGGAGGUGGACCACCCCCUGGAGGCGGGCCUCCCCCUGGAGGCGGACCUCCCCCUGGAGGUGGAGGACCUCCCCCGGGAGGUGGAGGUCCUCCUCCGGGAGGUGGACCUCCCCCAGGAGGUGGACAUCCACCUGGUGGCGGAGGGCCUCCCCCGGGAGGCGGGCAUCCUCCAGGAGGUGGACCGCCUCCUGGAGGUGGACAUCCCCCUGGAGGCGGACCGCCUCCUGGAGGCGGUGGAGGACCUCCCCCAGGAGGCGGACAUCCCCCUGGAGGUGGGCCUCCUCCUGGAGGCGGACCUCCACCCGGUGGCGGACCGCCUCCUGGAGGCGGCGGAGGACCUCCUCCUGGUGGCGGACCUCCCCCUGGAGGAGGACCUCCUCCUGGCGGCGGAGGACCUCCUCCUGGCGGCGGAGGACCUCCUCCUGGAGGCGGACAUCCUCCUGGUGGCGGACCUCCCCCUGGAGGCGGACCUCCUCCUGGAGGCGGGCCUCCUCCUGGAGGCGGGCCUCCUCCUGGAGGCGGACAUCCACCGGGAGGCGGACCUCCCCCAUGGGGAGGUCCUCCCCCGGGCGGAGGACCUCCCCCUGGUGGCGGACCUCCCCCGCAUGGUGGGGGAGGCGGUCCGCCGUUUGGUGGCGGUCCGCCGUUCGGCGGCGGUGGAGGACCUCCGCCAGGAGGUGGAGGACCUCCGGGUGGCGGAGGAGCGCCUGCUCCGCUGGUGCA